AUGUUCCCCCCGAAUAAACGCCCUAAAGAUAUAACGAAGCUCGAAGAAACCUUGUCCAGAAUCCAAGACGAACUCUUGAUUGCGGAGAAGCAGCAGGCACAGGAUCAAGAGCUGCAGCGCCAGCUUGCAGUGAUUUCAGAUGUGCUGUAUGAUACUGAGGAUAUGAUAGAUGAGUUAAGGUGUGGCGCUGCCAAAACAUUAGGAGUCAAGGUAAGCAACUUCCUUGCGAGUAUAUUUCCUACUCCAAGUAAAAUCCAGAAGACUACGAAAAAAAUAGAAAAAAAGGCGUCUGCUAUUCAGAAAAGAUGUGGUCAGAACAGGCGUCUCGUUAGGCUUGUUGAUUCAGGGGAUACUGUGAUUGACCACAACUUUGGGAGUACUUCCCAAGUUUUGGGGAGAGACAAUGAGAGGAAGAAAAUUGUCAACUUUUUGAAGGAAACAAACGAAAGAGUCUCAGUGCUUCCAAUUGUUGGAAUGAAGGGUAUUGGAAAAACCACACUAGCCAGACUAGUUUACAAUGACAAACUGAUGGAUGAACACUUUGAAAAAAAAUUGUGGGUACAUGCACCUGAGCACUUGGAAAAAUAUACUUUGACGAUGGAAAUUUAUACGGCUGCAAGGAGCAAAAAUGAUGACGAAGAAAAUUGGAGAGAUAUUUGGGCCGUACUAUUCCGUGGCCUUCGCAAUGGGGGUAAAAUUGUGGUUACUACGCCCAGCAACCGGGCUGCACAAAUAAUGGGCACAGUUGACAGUCUUGUUUUAAAUGUCCUUUCUGAAGAUGACUGUGUGACGUUGUUGUUUGAGAAAUUAGCGUUUAAAGAUGGAGCAAACAACAGUGAUCCGGGACUCACUGAAUUUGGGGAAGGAAUUGUGGAAAAUUGUGGUGACUUUCCUUUAGCAGUGAAAACUUUAGGAAGUCUACUUCAUCAGAACAUAAAUCCUCCCGAUUCGGUGCUCAUCUAUGUAGCACGGAAACGGAAACGGAAACGGAGAAACGUAAAAACACGGAAACGGAAACGUAAAAACGUGCACAUUAGAGAUAAUGAAAUAUGGGGGCAAGAUCCAGAGAGGAAUAUUGUGAUCUCUGCAUUGAAAUUGAGUUAUGCUCAUUUAUCUUCUCAUUUACGAAGAUGUUUGACAUAUUGUUCCUUGUUUCCCGAGGGUUACUGUUUUAACAGUGAUUAUCUGGUCCACAGUUGGGGGGCGCAGGGUUUUCUUGCAACUCAUGACCGAAAUGAAGAGUGGGAAGAUGUUGGGAUGCGGUACUUAAAGAUAUUAUUUUCAAGGUGUUUCUUUCAAGAUGUUGAAGACAAUGAUUAUUAUUUUACAUUUAAAAUGCAAGACCUUAUAUAUGAUCAUGUAAAGGAGGUGGCACAGAGAGAGUGCAAAAGGAUUUGCCUUGGAGUCUCGUAUCCUGACAUAAGUGCUCGACAUUUGUUAUUUACUGGCGGUGCCAGUUCUGAUGAACAACUUCCACAUAUUUCGGCGAACUUGCGGACCAUCAUCAUGCUUGUUGGCGAACCUUUCAUUACUACAUUGACAUCCAAACACAAAUACCUUAGAUUGUUAUGCUUGAGCGGUUUACAAUUUCAAGAGCUGCCGGAUUCUAUUGGUGAAUUGAAACAUUUGAGAUUUCUCGAGUUAUCUUUGAAUUCAAUUAUACGGGAACUUCCUGAGGCUAUCUGUAAACUUCAAAGUUUGCAAACCUUAAGGCUUAUCGGUUGUUCAAGUCUUGGGAAUUUGCCUCAAGGGAUACAAAAUCUCACCAGCCUCCGGACAAUAAUUUUGUAA